UUUCUUUCUUUUUCAGUGCAUUUUUGGAAGAGCCAAACCGCUCCUUGGAUAAAUAAGGAACGCUUGAAGCUAUUCAUAUUUUUUUCUGUAAGCUUCGAUAUUGGGCGUACGUAGCCGGAGCUUCUGAUCGGCCGGCAAAAGAAAAAAGAAAUUUUUUUAUUGUUAAUUUCAUCGAAGUCCGAACAAAAAAAAUAUAAAGUAAGUUCCUUCAUCUACAAAAAAAAAAUGGUUUAAUUUUUUUCUUAGGAAUCUCGAAUUGCAUCGGUUUUCGAGUUUCGAGAUCCGAUUUUCAUGGUAACAAAUGUGCUUUUAUAGAUCCUAGUUUCUAAUUUUUUUGAGGAAUUCUUUUUUUUUUUCAGUAUUAUUUCAUUUUAUUAUUUUUUGUUUUGAAUUUCAGUUUGCUAAGGUUCUGUUUGGCAGCGCGUUUGAAAAGCCUUAAUCUUUCACCACCAAGCUUUAACAAAUGGUAGUGAAAGUAGCAGCAACGGCGUAUUUACAAUGGUUAAAGCCAAUUCUUCCUCAACCUCCAUCUUCCUCUGGAGCUUUAGCUUCAGCAAUUUCUUCACCUUCCCUACGGAAACGCUGCCGUAGCGAAGACGCUCUUAUUUUGAAUUCCGUUCAAAGACUGAACCGGUCGGCUCUGUUUGGUUCUCACUCGACCAAUAUACGACGGUCCCGGUCUUGCGAGUUUCUCAAACCAAGAUCCAGAACUUUAAGAAAAGCUUGCAACGCUACUUUAGACGCUUUCUCCGAUGAAGAAUUUUCGAAAAAAAUUCGAGACUUAGCUCUCAGAUUCCAAUCAUCAGACGACAAUGAUGACACAAACAGCAAAUGUAACGGGAAUUCUUUAGAUUCUGAAAGGGAAACGGAAACCGUUUCCUAUUCCGAAACAGAAUCUUUGAAAUUCAACGAACAACCGUCAUGGUUAGAAAGAGGAGAUGAAAUAAGCCAUUCAAGUAUUGAACGUAAAGCCAACAGCGUUGAUCUUCCGCUUUCGCUUCGAAUUAUAAAGAGGAAAUUACAAUGGCAAGAAAGGUUUCGAGAAGCAGGCGAAUCGGCUUAUUGUUCAAUGAAAAAGGCGUUUUCUUCGAUGGUUUUUAUAAUUCGCGAGCUUCAUAGUUACACUUUGCAAAUGCGAGAGCUUUUGUUUUAUGAAGAUUUACAAGGAAUUCUUGUUAGAGGUCAAAAAGAGAUGCACGCUUCGUUCGUUUGGUUGUUUCAACAGGUUUUUUCUCAUACACCGACUCUGAUGGUUUACGUGAUGAUCCUGUUGGCAAAUUAUUCGGUUUAUUCUAUUGGAAGCAACGCUGCUCUGGCAGUCGCAGCAGCGAAUCCGACACCUGGGUCUUAUGUUUCUGUGGUUGAAGUUCAAGAUUCGAAGCAUACAAAAUUUGAUUCUUCGUCAAUAAAGUCGUUUUCAGUGUCGUCAUCGAGCGGAAAAACUACUUCGAUUGGCGGAAACAAUGGCCGUGGUGGAAAAGUCAGGCCGGUUGCUAGUGGGACAGACGGUAACGGAUGGUUUGAUGAAGCAGACCAAUUCAGAACCAUUGUUCCUGAUGGUGGUUCCCAGUUAUCAUCGCCGGGAACAACACAGGAGGCUCAAACAGAGUCAACAUCAGGCCGAGUAACUGGAGAAGAAGAACUCAGUCUUUGGAACUCAAUUGUUGAUGAAGCUUCAAAAAUGCAAGCUUUAAUUAGAGAUGAAAUGCUCGAUCAUGAAACAAUUCAGAGAUUUAUUUCGCCUGUGACCGCAAAGAUCGAAUCUGAUGGUGAUUAUGAAGAUUAUUUCAGAACGGAGCUUCUUUACCAAACAGGGUUAUCACAAGAGCCUAACAAUCCUCUCCUUCUUGCCAAUUAUGCUCAGUUUCUCUACCUUGUUGCACAUGAUUGUGACAGGGCGGAAAAGUACUUCAAGAAAGCAAUAGAAGUGGAACCAGCGGACGCGGAAGCAUACAGUAAAUACGCGAGCUUUUUAUGGAGAGUGAAGAAUGAUUUGUGGGCUGCGGAGGAAACUUUCCUGGAAGCAAUUUCAGCAGAUCCUAGUAACUCUUAUUACGCGGCAAAUUAUGCCCAUUUUCUAUGGAAUACUGGUGGAGAAGACACUUGUUUCCCUCUUGGCUCUCCAGAGACUAGCCAAGAAGAUUAAACCCUUUAAAAAAACAAAGAAAUAAACAUCAGAAACAUAACCCACCAGAGCAAAAUCAUAUGUCCACCGCCCCAAUCUUCUGGUUUUUUCCCCUUCUCUUCCAGAAUUUUGUUCACGUGAGGAAUUUGGGGAAGUGCAUGGAAGGUGGCGACAAUGGGAAAUUAACUUGUUUAGCACUGUGCGGACUUUCCUCUGCAGGAGCACAGGCACGCUGGCUCUUGAGAUCUACGCGGACCACAUGGGUACAUUGGUUUUUCUGGACUUCGGACAUGAAGGAAUGGGAUCGUUGGGGGAGGAAUGAAGCUUUGUUAAGCUUAUUUUGGCCUUUUUUCUUGGUUUACACCAAACCACAUGACGAUUUGUAAUUAUUUCUUUUUGUGAAUAUAAGAACCAUUUUAAUUUUUUAUUUAUGUUUUAUUUAUU